CAUUGAUUGUAUACCAUGGCUGUUGAGCUGCAGGUGGAGCACUCGCUGUAUCUUCGCGUGUGUGAAUGCAAGGAGCUGAAGAUUGCAGACAGGCUGACUCGGUCGUCGGAUCCGUAUGUGGUGGUCUCGGGCAUUGGUGCCGGGCGUAACGUGCGGACCAAGACGGUGUACAAGGAGUUGAACCCGUUCUACGGUGAAGAGUAUGAUCUGGAGGUGGCGCCUGGCUCGAGCGAGCUGACAGUUCAGGUCUGGGAUGAGGACAAGGGCAAGGAUGAGAUCAUCGGACAGGUCAAGAUCCCGUUGGCUUCGGUGGCGCACGAGCGUGUCCACGAGCAGUGGUACCCGCUCGACGACCCGUCGGCGUCCAACCAGCCAUUUGUCUCGGGCGAGCUCCAUCUGCGAGUCACAUAUCAGGAGCCGGACGACCCGAUACCCGGCAAGAUCUCCAUCGAGGUGGUGGCUGGGCCGGGCUGGCGGCCAAGGACGCCAACGGGCUGUCGGACCCGUACGUCAAGCUCAAGUUCGCCGGAAAGAAGGUGAAGACGGGCGUGCAGGCCAAGACGCUCGACCCGAUUUUUGACGAGGAGCUGGCCAUCGAGUUCUCGGUUGAGGACAUGGAGGCGUCAAAGCAGGUCAUUGUCUCGGUUUGGGACCACGACAAGAUGUCGCAGAACGACUUUAUGGGCGUGGUCACGCUCUUCCUUGACGAGCUCGAGCCGGGCUACACCUACGACGAGUGGUUCACUCUCACAUCGCAUGUCUCGUCCUCGGCCGUCGACGGCGACGGCGACGACGACGACGCGGCAGCCAUGGGCUCGGCAGCACUUGGCUCGAUUCGGCUCAAGCUCCACUACAAGGAAGAGGAGAUCCUGCCGCUCGAGCACUAUGCGCUCUUCACCAAAGAGCUGCGCGGGCACGAGCUGGCGGCGCUGCAGGCGCUGGCGGCGGUGACCAAGGAGCGGCAUGACGUGGCCUACCACCUCAUCCGGUUGUACGAGGGCGAGGGCUACGACGAGACGGUCGAGCUGCUGCAAGCGCUGACUGUUGCGGAAAUCGAGAGCACGCCGCAGGCGACGGUCCUCUUCCGUGGCAACUCGAUUGCAACCAAGGCGCUGGACCUGUACAUGCAGAUGGUGGCGCUGCCUUACCUUCACGCCACGCUCGGUACCCUCAUUCAGUCGAUCUACUCAUCGUCCGAGUCGGCCGAGGUCGACCCAACCCGGCUCGAGAGCGAAGCUGAGCUCGAGGGCAACUGGGCCCGGCUCAAGACGUACGCAGCCACGGCAGUCGACGAGAUCUUUCGGUCGAUCGACGCACUGCCGACGACGCUGCAGGUUGUUUUCGAGUCGAUGCGCGAGGCCGUGGUGGCGAGGUUCCCGGACGAUGCGGUGGCGCCGUACACUGCAGUCUCGGGCUUUCUCUUCCUCCGGCUCUUCUGUGCAGCAAUUCUGGGACCGAAGCUCUUUGAGCUCGCCAAAGACCACCCGGACGCGUCGACGUCGCGGACGCUGACCCUCAUUUCCAAGACGGUGCAGAACCUGGCGAACCUCGCCGAGUUUGGGCCCAAGGAACCGUACAUGGCGCCGAUGAACGAGUUUAUCCAGGCUAACAUUCCGCGGAUGAAGACUUUCCUCACCCAGGCCUCGACGGUUGGCGAGGACUUUCACGCGCACGACAGCCUGUUUAUCGACGCGCCGCGCGAGCGGGCGGCACUCGUCGCCCACUUUGUGCAGUCGCGGGCCGAGCUCGAGGAGUACGCUUCCGGCGCGGCGCCGGCGGACCACGCUGCAGCCCUCGCCCGCAUGUUCCCCAUCCUCGACGAGCUCGAGGCGAGCCGGGCCGCGGGCGUUCGCCCCCAAAUCGUAAGCGCAACGUCGGGCGCAUCAACGGCGGCGGCGCCGACCUCCAGCAGCAGCGCCGACGGCGCCGGCCCGUCGGCGCCGGCGGCGAGCGGCGAGCUCGACCCGACGCUCGCCAAGCUCCAGAUCGAGGGUGAGGAGAGAAAGGAGAACAUGCGCAAGGUGCUCGCCAUUCAGGGCUCGCUCUCCAAGUGCGACUGCAAAAAGUCGCUCGCCUCGCGCGACCGCAUCUUUGUACGCGAGGGCUCGAUGAACAAGGUGUCCAAGGGCAAGAUGCAGGCCCGUGUCUUCUUCCUCUUCUCGGAUAUGCUCGUGUACGGCGAGUCCAAAAAGGUCAACUCUGUGGCGUUCAAGGGCAUGAUCCCGGCUGCCAAGAUGGUGGUCGUCGACGCCUCGGCGGCACCGGACCUUUCGCCGGAGCAAUUCCGCAUCAUCAAUCUGGUCAAGAAGAAGACCAUCGACAUCCACUGCGGCUCAGUUGAGGACCGCGAUGCGUGGGCUCACGACUGUGCAGUCCUCUCGCGCCGCGCGCGUGGCUUCAACCCGCUCGAUGAGGCCACGCAGGCGCUAGCCGACAAGAUCCUCUCGCUGCCGUGCGUGGAGCACACCGCCUAA